ACAGAAUCCACUGACACUGGAGCAGAGGUUAAAAAACUUCAAAUGAAAUAAGGCUAGCCCAUAACCAGUAACAGGAUUGUUUUCCAGAUGUAUAUAUUGUGAGAAGAAAGCGGUCAACUCGAUCCCUCACUUAUUUCAACAGGGUUGGUAAGCACCGCUAAGUGACUUCUACCCUCAUUCUGAAUUCUGUCAGAAUUUUUGAAACAGAAACUGAGAGAGUGCUUCUUCUUUUUCCAAUUUCCGGCCACUACGAAGAUUAUGCCAGUUCGUGUACAAAAGUGGGUAUACCAUGUUUGACCAGUUCCCAUCCAAUUCUGGCCUUCAUCUUUGGUCAGAUACAGAAGAAACAAAGAAUGAGUUCAUCAAUUACCUCACUUCUGGAUUUGGGCUAAUUUACCUGAUGUGUUUGGGCCUAGCCUAUGCCAACAGUAGGUCAAAGUCAAGCAUUAUUGUAGUGCCACCCAAUGAAGAUGUGGAGGAUGAGAAUUCACUGCACAAGUAUCUACUGGUGUUGACAACAUCACUUGCACGAGGUUCUAGCUGCUCCUCACAUGCCAAGGUGUUCCUACAGAUAAUUGGUCAAAAUGUCCAAUCCAAGUACUACAAUAUUAAGGUGUUUGCCAGCAACAGGUUCCUGCUGCAACGAGGCAAUACAGAUAUACUUCUGAUACGUACCAAAGAUUACCUGGGCCCCCUGCAAGAAGUCAAAGUUGUUGUGUCUGGAUUGAAGACUGUCACAUGGAGACCGAGCUCUGUGUCGGUGACUUGCAUGACAACAGGAGAGACUUACAGUGUGGACUGUCGACUCAUAGGUGUAAAUGAUACCACCUCAGAAGGGGAGGGCGGCCUUGUCUUUUCUUGCUCUGAUGACAGGAAAUUGUGGAGUUGCCAUGCCAUCUUGAAAAGGAUUGUCACAUUUCACCCCUGGUUAUCUCCAUUCAAUGUGCCUCUAAGGUUUGGAAAGUUCACACCAGUUGUCAGCACCAACAUUGUCUUCCUGGCCUUGAUUUCACUGAUGACCUUGACCUUGGUGGGUUACAUCCUGACAUCUGUCAAUGUCACUGACAAUUUCUCUUUGGAAAUUGAGUGUGUCAUCAUGGCAGUAGUUGCUGCAGUAACUGUAGACCUGUUAGUAUAUCUUUCUAGUGUUAUGUUGAGGAAUGUGAAAGCAGGAAAGCAAGAAAUGAUUGACAAAUUGUUUCCAAAAUCUGACAUGACUGAACAUUAUAUAACUGAUGGAGAGCAUUACAAUGGAAAGCAAGGGAAAGUAUUCAGUUUAAAGAAGUCGGAGGUUUGUUUUAAUAUCUCAGAAAGUGAAAGCUCUGCACAUGAUGCAAGAAUUGGUGAAAAAAUGUCAGAUACACAUUUCAAGAGCUGUUUUUCAAUAGAUCUUGUGCAGCCAGAACAAAGUGGCCAUAUUAAACCAGAUGAAUAUUUAUCGGAACCCUACCAAAGUCAUGGAGAACAACAAGAUGUGACUGAUGUAAGAAUUAAGGGUUCAAGUCAGGAUAUGACUGGGACCAGGAAUGUGUUCAAAAGCUGUACUGCUUUUGAAGUUUGUCACUUGGAAGGAGGUUCACAUGUAGAAUCAAGUACUUCAGAUGUAGGGAUAUUGUAUAUGGAUAUUAAAACAAGCUUGUCUGGACUUGAUGAAUUAAGGGAUAUCGAUCAGGACAGCAACAAUUCAGCGGGCAAAGAUGGUCACAGCACAAGAAAAAAAGAUGGAAAAAUGGGGAAACAUAACAUGAAAUCUUUGACAGAGGAUAAAAAGAAAUGUGCACAAGGUGGAACCAAUGAUGACAAAGAAUCUGCAAAAGGACUGGGUGCUCUUGGGAAUGUAGUGACUUCAAAGACGUCUGUAUUUGGUACGGAGAAAUUCGAUGAAUUCAAACAUAGUUUUGCAACAUCAGAGAAAUGUAUGGAUCUAGAUGCAGAAUCGGACGAGUUCUUAAAUGUUGCUCACUCAGAAUUCCAAAUAGACAUAAAUGAACCUUUACAUUCAGUAAGUAAUGAGUGGCCCAGUACCACUGAUUCAUACAGGAAGAACUGUCUUCCUAGUGCCUCUGUCCCAUGUAAUCACACAGUUACACAGAGUCAACCACUAAAACCCAUAGAAGAGAAUUUAUUGAAAGUAGGCUGUGUGGAUGCUACAGUACAGGGCAGUUUGACCAGGACAGAAGAGUCUCUUGGAAGUUCUUUGCUCAAACCGAAAAGAGAGGAAUAUCCUAAGGCUUCUUUUUACUCAUCCAAAUCAGAAGAAUCUGCAGGAAAUUCUUUAUCCAAAUUAAGUGAAGACGAUUCUCUGGAAAGUGCUGUUUCCAAAUCUGUACGUGGGAAGGUACAACACCCAGAAGCACAGGGACAAUCCACAAAUUACCAUCUUAAUAAAGAGGUAGAAGAGGAAAGUUCAACAUUCAAGGCAAGUUUUUUGGAUGUGAGGGAGGACGACCUUUCCUCUGAUCAGGUCAGCAUACAUGUGUACCUUACUGAUGAAACAAAGUCUGAGGAUAAUGGAGAGCAUUUCUUUGAGAUAGAAAACAAAGCAUCUGACAACCAAUUCUACUCCAGCAGGCAUAGUAAAACAGAAUCCUUAGGGAAGGAUGAACCCAUUGGUCUUCACUCUGUCUUGCUGUCCCAAAGGAAGACAAAUGUAACAACCUCCGAGUCGGACAAGGUACAACAGCAGAUCGAUGAGAGACUUGCACAACUCCAAAGAAAGGCAAAAAGAUUUUCUAUGCAGCUGCUGUUACAAUUCUGUGUGACAUGUCGCCUGCUGUUGACCAAUGUCAGCUCCAGUGUCCUAUACAAGAAGACCAAAGUGUCUACACAGACAUGGUUGACCAAUGUAACAGAGGAACAGGUGUUCAGUGUUCUACACACAAACAGAAUAUUGGAAAUCCAAAAAGAUCCUCUUGCCGUGAGAAGGGCCAGUUUGAGUGAUGAAGUGUUGAACCGGCCCCUGAGCCAGACACUUGCUGCACAAUGUGUCCAACAGUGUAUACAGUCUGUUUGUGAAGCGAUGGCCCUACCCAGACCUCCUAACUUCAAACAGAGACUGGUCAGUGUAAUAGAGGAAACUUUAAAACAGCAUCUCCAUCAUUUCACACAAGAGUUCUAUGAUGAGCUAAAACAAACCUCCAAAAGGACUGACUUGUGGCCUUCAGUUUCUACUGAAGAUAGCAUAGCCUACAAUUGGGCACAACCUCAUCUGUAUGAGCCCCAAUCAUGUCCCCUACUCCAGCACCAAGAGAGUGUGAAUUGGCCAACACCAAUGAUAUCAAAAUCAGCUGAGCAUGUGGACACUUGCCUACAGGACCUUUCUUCCUUUUUCGUAGAAUGUGUGCAGACAUGUGUCUUGCGAGAUGAGGGAGACAACUUCAGUGUCACUGUAAUCCCAAUUUCCACAAGUUUAACGGAGGAUCAAGAUGGAGUACAGGUGUUACUAGGUCCUGAAUUUUCCCGGUCGUUUAUGGAGCUACCCAUUGAAUCCGAGCUUUGUAGGUCUGCCUUAGAUGGUGCCAAGAAGGAAUUAUGGAUAGAGUAUCAAGAUCCUAUCCCUGUCUACACAAUGUUCCUAAUGCAGGCAGUUACUCUUGAUAAGCUUAAAACAGUGCUUACCAGGAGAAACAGCCAAGAAAAGUUGAGCAGUGACCAUAAGAGUUUUGAAGAUUUAAAUGUAAAACAAAAAGUGCUCGAAAUUAAAUCUGAAAAACAGAUGGGGAAUCAGAGUGUUGAAGAUAGUGAACUAACACAAGGAUUGAGAACAACCCCCAGUGAAAAAUUAGGGAAAUUUGCAAGUGGUUUGUCACGAAAGAUUAGCUUACUAAGGGAGUCAAAAACAGCUCUAAUCCCAUUACUCUUGAAGAAGUCAGACACCAAGGAGUUGUCUUCAACAAGAAAAACGGAGGAGCUGCACCCCUUGAUUCCAUGUCUGGACAAAAAGUGGCAUCAGCUUGGAUUCCAUCAUAAAGUGAACGCUAACAAAAAUUUAGCACAGGCUUUGAUGACCAAGCUGUUGAAGGAUUGGAAAGAGGAACAAGGCAUGUCUAUGGCAUCAGAAGAGGACUUAAUGCUAGAGAAAGUUUCAUGUCUCUAUAGGAUUGAAAAAGAACUCAACAACAGAUUGGCCAAGUAUGCAGCAGCUUGCUUUGAGAGGUGGUGUCCUUACAUACAAUGUAUUGUAGCUGACUGUGGUGCUGACACUGGGAGGGCAGGUGACCAAGUCUUUGCUGUGGUUGAUGUUGCCAGCCAAGAGAUGAUAGCAUCCUUAGAGAAUAUUGUGUUGGAUGCCUUCAACAGUGAGAUGGCCAAAACGAUAGCUACCCUUACUGUCCAGGAUUCCAUCAGUCAGGCUUUUAGUAAUCUAGACAUACCACAGACCCCAUUGACUGAUGAUAGUGAUAAGAAGACAGUCACCAGUUAUGAAAUGAAUUUGGCAGAAAUCGUCAAAGAUUUCCUGCCCCUGAGAGCCUACAUGACUUUUGUAACCAAUUCGGAGAGGAUUUUAUCUAAACAGCUCAUAAAGGCUAAUUACCUUAAUCGUUAUCAACGAAAACACAACAAAUUUGCAGCGAUAACCCUACAGCAUGUUCUGGAUUCAUAUUACGACAAAGACCCACAAAUGUUGGACACUACACUUACCAAUGAAACACUUCAGCAGCUAGAAUGGCAUGUUCUCCAUGAAAAUACAAAGGUGAUCCCAAACAUUAUCGGGAGGGUUUUAACAUUUGUGUUGUUCUGUCUGGCGGUGUUUGGCCUCGUCUACGUCUCAAUCAUCGGAGGAUCCCUGACUGUCACCCAGAUUCAGGAAUGGAUGUCAUGUUUCUGUAUCAGCAUUGCAAUCUAUGGAUUUGUACUUGAGCCAUUUGUAGCCAUAGUUGGCUAUCUUGGAUACUAGGUUCUUAGCUUUGUAGCCAUUGUUUAGCUACUGUUUUGGAUUCUGAAACCUGUGUAACAAUGAUCAACUAUCUCAAAUACAAGACUUUUUGUUGUCAUGGUCCGCUAGAUUGGGGUACCAACAUCUUUUUGCCAUGUACAACUAUCUUGAAUACUAGAACAUUUUCUGCUAUGCUAAGGUAUUAGAACUUUUGUAACUAUGGUUCGCUGUCUCAGAUAUGAAAACCAGUGAAACCAUCAAUUACUUUUUCUAAUAUACAUGUUCUGUAAAAGAGGAAAUGUUCUUGUUGUUAACUGAUUGCAGUGUGUUUUAAAAAUAUUGUGAUGGAAAUGGUUCUGAAAUCUGUAAAGUCCUGUAUAUCAAUAAUCUGUAAAUGUUUAUUCCCCUGUGGAUAUUUUCAUGCAUAUUUAAUCAAUGGUAACAACACAAGCAUUUCCACACUGAAAAUUUGCACUUUUACAGUACUAGAACUAUUGUAACUGUGACCUGCUUUUUCAGGUACAAGAAACUUUGUGGAAAUGUUCAACUAACCCAGUUGCUGGAAAAGUUUAGCCAUAUAAUUGGCAAUAUGUGUGUCUAAGAAUCUUUCCAACCAUGGUAAACCAUCUCCAAUAGUGACCAAUACUGGAACUAAUGUCGUCAGACUUAGCUAUCUCCAAGUACUGGAAGUGAUGUAGCCAAUGGUCAGCUGUGUUGGAUACUAGAAACUUAAUAUAUAUAGUCAUGGAUGUCAGGAUCUUUAUAGUCAUGCUUGGCUAUGUCAAGUAUUUAGAAUCUUCCUAGCCAUGGUCUUUCUCAGGGUACAAGAACAUUUGUAAGCAUUAUGGUAAGCUUUCUCAUUGUACUAGAACAUUUGUUAGCAUUAUGGUAAGCUUUCUCAGGACACUAAAUCAUUGGUUGGCAUGAUGACUAGCAGUCUCAUGGUUUUAGAACAUUUGUUUGCAUGAUGGUUAGGAAUCUCAGGUUACUAGAACAUUUGUUUGCAUGAUGGUUAGGAAUCUCAGGUUACUAGAAUAUAUGUGGCAUGAUAGUUAACUCUUUGGGUAUUAGAACAUUUGUAAGCAUGAUGGUUAGGAAUCUCAGGGUACUAGAACAUUUGUUAGCUUUCUCAGGGUAAAAACAUUGGUUGGCAUGAUGACUAGCAAUCUCAAGAGUAUUAGAACAGUUAGCAUGAUGGUUAGCUCUCUUCGGGUACUAGAAUAUGUGUUAGCAUGAUGGUAAGCUUUCUCAGGGUAUUAGAAGAUUUGUUUGCAUUAUGGCUCUAUUUGGGUACUACAACAUUUAUUAGCAUGAUGGUUAGCAAUCUCAUGGUUUUAGAACAUUUGCUAGCAUGAUGGUUAGCUUUCUUGGGGUAUUAGAACAUUUGUUAGCAUGAUGGUAAGCUCUUUUGGGGAACUAGAACAUUUGUUUAGUAUGAUUGUUAGCUCUUGGGGUACUAGAACAUUUUUUUAGCAUGAUGGAUAUUACUCUCAGAGUAUUAGAACAUUUGUUAGCAUGAUGGUAAGCUCUCUUGGGGUAUUAGAACAUUUGUUAGCAUGAUGGUUAGCAAUCUCAUGGUUUUAGAACAUUUGUUAGCAUGAUGGUAAGCUCUAUUGGGGUAUUAGAACAUUUGUUAGCAUGAUGGUUAGCUCUCUUGGGGUAUUAGAACAUUUGUUAGCAUGAUGGUAAGCUCUUUUGGGGUAUUAGAACAUUUGUUAGCAUGAUGGUAAGCUCUUUUGGGGUAUUAGAACAUUUGUUAGCAUGAUGGUAAGCUCUUUUGGGGUACUAGAACAUUUGUUUAGUAUGAUUGUUAGCUCUUGGGGUACUAGAACAUUUUUUUAGCAUGAUGGAUAUUACUCUCAGAGUAUUAGAACAUUUGUUAGCAUGAUGGUAA